UUGUUAUAUGAUGCGGUGAGGGGUACCUCUUCAUAUGGUCCUGGCUUGGAGCUUCAUAUCCAAUUUCUGCGCCCUCAGGCAACAGCAUUAAUACCUGGAUGAGAUAUUGGUACCCCAGAAGCAUUCCUGGAAGGACUGAGAAUAUAUAUCGCCAUCAUGAGGACGCUUUUCAGGAUGGAGAGCGGCUUCAAUAGUCGGAACUUCCGACGUUCAACAAACUCAUCUCAAUCAUCACUUCAGAAACCGACAAUGACCGGACCCUCAAAGAAGUGGUUCAAACCUUCUCUCACUACUUCAUCCUCCUCCAAGAAGAAAUCAAGAACAAACACCUCUCUAUCCACACAAUCCCAGACCCAAACCCCCUUUCAACAACCACGAGAACCUCAAUCCCAACCUCAAAAUCCCUUCCAAGAGCCCCCACCAUCUCAGUCACAACAAUCCUCAAACCAAGACCGCCCGCCACCACCCACAUACACAACCUCCAUGCCUACCCCUUCUUCCUCUGGAAAACCAUCCAAGCGCUCCAAAGCCUGGAAGAAAACAAAGGAGUUCUUGUCCUCGAUAGGAGAGCCUCCUACAGCAGAGUAUGACCGCCAACAAGCGGCUCUCAGGGCAGAAGAGGGCAAGGUGAAAACUAGCGGGAGAGAAGCGUUUGGGGCGGUGAAUUAUGGGCCGUAUCAUCAGGGCGGGCCUUAUCAGGGUGGGAGGUUGUAGAGCUGAGGGUUGAAGGAGGAGGGUGCGUUCGGUUAUGGGUUCUUGGAUAUAUUGGGAUUGGAUUGGGAGUGUAGGGAAGCAAGCAAACAAGCCUGGAGUUUGGAGUUUUGUGUUUGGAUGGCGGGGAUUCGGUGCUGUUGAGUGUUGCAAUUAGUGUACGCAAUACCUAGGGAUUGAAAAAUACUUCAUUGCACUUCUAUAAGACUUUAAUUGCUCUCAU